GUUUGAAAAGCGUUGACCGCCAUUAAGUAAAAAAAAUAGGCGCGUGGAGCGGGGCUGUCUUAAAUUUGUUUAAAGUCGAAACGGUGUCGGGUUUUGUGGUAAACAGGUGGAGGGCUGAGGAGGCGCAGUCUGAGUGGAUUCGGGACGGAGAUCGGUGUAAAGAAAUGGCUUCUGAAGAUAUUUCUCAGCUUGCGGAGACUCUCGCAAAGACUCAAGUGGGUGGAGUAGAGCUGAGUUUCAAAGGUCGUGCUCUAAAACUUGACACUGCUGAAGCUGUUGCUGAGAUUAUUGAAGAGAUUGAGAAAUUUGAUCAUCUACAAGCCUUAUGCUUGGAAGGAAAUACAAUUGGCGUGGAAGCCGCUAAGGCCAUUGCUAAAAGUCUUGAUAAUAAAAAGGAAUUGCAGAAAUGCUACUGGAGUGAUAUGUUCACGGGACGACUUAGGUCUGAGAUUCCACUUGCUCUGAAAUCCCUUGGUAAUGCGCUGAUGAAUGCAGGAGCCCAGCUGACACAGCUCGAUCUAAGUGACAAUGCAUUUGGACCUGACGGAGUCAAGAGCAUUGAAACCUUGCUGAAGAGCAAAGUGUGUUACACCUUACAGGAGCUACGACUGAAUAACUGUGGCAUGGGAAUCGGUGGUGGCCAGAUACUUGCAGCAGCACUGAAUGAAUGUCACAGACAGUCAUGUGAAUCGGGAAAGCCUAUGGCACUGAAAGUUUUCAUUGCAGGGCGAAAUCGUUUAGAGAAUGAAGGUGCAAUUGCACUGGCUGGUGCUUUCAAGUCCAUAGGAACCCUGGAGGAGGUACAUAUGACACAGAAUGGAAUAAACCAUCAAGGCAUUAGAGCUUUAGCGGAGGCCUUCACUAGAAACCAGAACCUGAGGGUUAUAAACCUUAAUGAUAAUACCUUCACAGAGAAAGGAGCUAUUGCCAUGGCAGAGGCUUUGAAGACUCUCCAAAACAUUGAAGUACUAAAUUUUGGAGAUUGUCUGGUACGAUCAAAGGGAGCAGUAGCCAUUGCUGAAGCUGUAAAAUUUGGCUUAACGCAACUCAAGGAAUUGAACCUUUCGUUUGGUGAGAUCGGGAAGAAUGCUGCAAUCACAGUGGCCGAGGUCAUGGAACAUAAAUCCCUACUGGAAAAACUCGAUCUAAAUGGAAACUGGCUUGGAGAGGAAGGUUGUGAACAGUUGAAGGAGCUUAUGGACAGCUUUAAGAAACAAGAUUUGCUGAGCUCUCUCAGUGAUGAUGAAGGUGACGGGGAAGAAGAAGAAGAAGAAGAAGAGGAGGAGGAAGGACCAGGAAAUAUUGAUGAAGAGGAGGAAGAACUAAGAAAUGUUGAUGAAGAGGAGGAAGAACUAAGAAAUGUUGAUGAAGAGGAGGAAGAACUAAGAAAUGUUGAUGAAGAGGAGAAAGAACUAAGAAAUAAUGAUGAAGAGGAGAAAGAUGAUGAAGAAGAAGCAGAAGAAGAGAAGGUGCAAGUGAAAGAAUCACCAGAUACAAACCAAGUGAUCGAACCAUCUGUGAGAAAAUUUGCAGAAUCAGAAGCCGCAGUCUUCUUGAACUCUCCUUCCCCAGACAAACUCCUUAAUAUGGGGUCAAAGCGUUCACAUUUGAUAUUGCAACAGACCGAUCUAUCAAAUGCUGAAAAAGUUGUCCAAACAUUUCUGAAGGUAGCUGAAGUUUACAAGGAGGACAGGGAAACAAAAACAGCUGUACUGGACACUGCCGAUGAACUGUUGCAGAAAGCAUUCAAGACUCCUGGAUUUCAGUUAGAUGCUUUCAUUACUACCCUCUUGGUGUAUAUGGGGCUUCUGAAGAGUGAGGAAAAGAUUAAAGCAAUCACUAAUCUAAUUGGCCCUCUGUCCGUCCUCAAACAAGUCAUUCAGAAGGACUACUUUCCACGGUCCUUUAUCCCUAUUCUGAGAGCAUUUCUUCUUAAAAAAAAUCGUGCUUUUGACAACUGUCGAAAUGCCCAUAGCGGAUUGUUGGAGGCCAUGAAGAGUCUUUAGUAUCAGACUGUGUGCUGUGUGGGACUCAGUGCACCAAUUUAAGGACAUGGACUUUUGAGCAUAUCCCUAUUCCAGGAGAACAGCCUAGCGGCUGCAGAAUGCCUUCCGGCAGCACAGUGCAAAAUGCUUCAUCUUCAUGCUACAGACUGGAUCCUUGCUUCUGACUGGAUGGGAAAUUUAAAUCAAAGUUGUCAAGGGUUCUUGGUAACCAGCUGCAGACUCUGGCCAGUGCUUUCUUGUCAGCCGCAAAGGAAAGCAAAGUUAGAAUUAAAUGUUGGUGACUGGUGGCUCAUCUUGUCUCCUUCUGCUGUUUGUGGUGGUAGGAGAUGAUGCGAAGAAAACAGCUAAUUUGCCAUGGCUUUCAACAAGAAUUGUUUGGUGUAACCUGAAUUGUGGCCCUUUAUCUGACUCUUGGUGCUUUCUUUAAAAAAAAAUUCCACUAUGUAUAUUAGAUCACAGGCAGGGGAAUCCAUUUAUCUGGCAAGAAAGAUGCACACUAUAUCAGUGAUGGCUCAAUUUUAUUUAAAAAAGAUUAGUUGAGAGUCAUCUACUAAAGUAGGCAGUUUUGAAAGGACUUGUGAAAUUCUUCCAGAAUUAUAUAACUACAUUUUACAGAACAAAGCAAGUUACUUGUAUCCCAUUCAAAUGAAUGUUUGGUAGAGGCUGCUUGCUGUAGGUUACUUCCCCAGUCCUUCCUGUACCACCACCCUCCCUUCAGUCCAAUAUGAAGUGUCCUGUGGAGAAUUUAAUGAAUGGGUUUACACCUUUGUUCACUUUCUCUUUAUCCAUCACCUCCUGCAUCUUCCCACCACCAACCCCCCACCACUCCUCGAAUAGGAAAUCAAAGCCCUCUGAUUAGUUAAUAAAGUUUCUACUCGCAUACAGGUGGACAGAGCAGAGGAUCUCUCUUGUUUGUGCUAUAUUAAAUAAUGAUGUGGAGAGACUGAGUAGAAACUAGCUUGGGUUUGGAUCUUGACUUUUUUUAUAUCUUCUUUUGGCUUCCACUGGAAUAUAUGCUUGAGAGACUGAAAACGGAAUUGUGAUUGUCUUUAAUGGUGUCUAACUUUUAAAUAGCUCAUCUGAGCUUGUCAUCUAAUCUUGUGAGAAUGAAGAACUGGAUUGAUUCUGUUGUCUCCUCUGGAACUGUUAAAUUAAGAAUUACCUGCUGGCACAGUGGGAAGAGGAAACCGUUAGAAUGAGAGUUACAGUACAAAACUACUAGUCCAAUAUAUUCCCAAUGCAUCUUUUGGAAAGAGGUGCUUUAGUCUUCAAAAUGAAGGCACAAAAGGUGACUGUGAACUGAACCGGCUGCUGCCUAAUAACCACCGACGUUGAAGAAAAGCAGGUUCAUGUUGUGUGAAUCCUACCUGAAAAUUUUGAGUGAAUAUAAAGAUAUGGCUCCAUUCUGUCCUUUUUGGUUGUCCAGAUGCUAAAAUCCCUGAUCAGUCUGCUUUGUUUGAGUAUUCUCCCAGAUUGUUAAAUAUUGAGAUGUUAUCUGGUGUCUUCUGUGUCACUAGACUGAACAGUCAUGUUUUAUCUCUUUGUAUAUAGGUCUUGGUGGGACAAGGUUGAAGUGACAUACGGAAAAUUCUAAUGAUCUCAAUUCAAAAUUGUAGUAGUAGCUUUUAUACUGAAUUUGGGACAAUUUAGCAUCCAAACAGUAUGACAGUGCUCAUCAUGCUGUUAAUCUCUUUAUGGUACAGGCUGCACUGUGCCUGCAUGUAAAGGGCAUUGUAUGCUGGUAUUUAAAAGAUCAGAAUGUAAACUGCAGUAGAGUUGUCUCUUGCAGGCCUUAUGGAUCUUUGAUAUUUUAGAAUGCAAAAACUCUCAGGUCUUAAUAAAUUAAUUUUUUGGGAGGGUGAGUGGGGGUGAGGGAGAAUGGGGGGUGGGAAUUACUUUGCAGUAUGGUCGAAUUCUGCAGCUGUGGGAGUUACUUUCCAGCUGCGCUUUCCCUAACUUGGUUAUGCCAUACAUUAUUUCCCACUGCAUAAAAGGGCAGUCGUAUUCUACCCGUUAUUCUGUGGGCAUUUGGCACACUUUCUGGGUAAAAUGAAAGGAAGUUUGCAGACCAGCUGACAUACAAUGCUGAGAGUGGUGGAUCGUCAGGGGUGUGGUGUUUAGAGAAGAUUGUUAAACUGAAAUGUCAGUUAUUCAGAUGCAUGCUAUGGAUCCCAUAGCUCUAAGAGAAGUGCAGGAAAUUAAUGUUCUUUCAGCCAAGCCUAUUCCCAUAAUGAAUACUGCCAAAAGCAGCUUAACUGGCUAUUCAUGUAAUUGUUUAUUGUGGGUUGUAACUCAUGUAGAAUGGCUGCUACUUCACUGCUUUGGAAGAAUUCAUUUGUAUGAAUUGCUUUGAAAUGCUGACAUUGAUAAAGAUGCUACAUUGAUGCAAGUAUACCUUCAUUUCAUCUGAUUGGCCUGCAAUGGGUCUGAACAUUGUGUGCACUUACAAAUGAGAAUGUGUGUACCAAGGCAGCCAAAGGAUCCACUGUGUUUCUUUGGUUGUGAUAAUUCCUGUGUAAACAUCAUCCAAGUUUUACUGUGUAUCCUGCUAAUGGGUAGAGGAACUGGAGAAGGCACAAAGAAAAACAAGGUACUUAAAAUGGUGGGAAAUUAAAAAGUAUGAAUUUCUGCACAAGUGCCUGAAAAUCAAUCUGCAGUUAUAACAUGCACUUUGGAAGGCACAUAUUAUGGCAGAAAAAUUGUUAAAGCCCUGGUUUAGAAAAAAACAUAACUGGAACUUUAUGUACACAUCUGGUCUCUCUACCCAAGGAUUGGUUAAAUUAUGGGGAGAGCAGGAUGUGUUCACCAGCUUCAUGCCUAGAAUGAGAGUUUGUGUAAUCGGGAAAGAGUAAACAGAUUGAACUGUAUUCUCCAGAAGUUAGAAGAAUGAGAAAUCAGAAUGUGCAUGAUUCUUCAGGGUUGAUAAGUAGAUACAAGAAUGAUUUUCUUGAGCUGCAGCUUUUUGGACUAGGGUCAUAAUCCCAAAAUAAGGGCUCGCCCCAUUUGGGUCGAAGAUAUAAAAGAUUUCUUCACCCAGAAGGUAAUGAAUCUUUGCAAUGCUCUGCUCAAGGGCAACAUAGGUGGUCAGUCGCUGAAUAUAUUGAAGAUGUUGAUCAAUGGAGUUCUUCGUACUGCGGGGAUCCAGAAUAAACAAGUAAGAUGAAAAGGGUUAGAAAGGGGUAAGAAUUUAACUUCAGGCAACAUGGAGGAAAAAAUUUGAAAGGGUGGAGAAUACAGCACUGAAAAUGUUAUAUUUCAAUGCACGUGGUAUAUUAAAUAAUCUAGAUGAUCUUGUAGCUUAAUUAGAAAUUGGCAGCUAUGACUUUAUGGGUAUAAUUGAAUUAAGUCAUAAUUGAAUGUAGAUUGCAGCUGAAAACCUACAUCUAAGGAUACACAUAUCAAAAGGACAGCAAGGUGGGCAGUGGGGUUGAGGUGAUUUUGUUAUUUCAAAAAAAUGAAAUCCUUAGAAUCACAUAGGAUCAGGAAGAUUUAGAAUCCUUGUAGUAGAGUUAAGAACUGUAAGGGUAAAAAGACCUAAUGGAAUUUGUAUACAUGCCUCCAAAUGGUAGCCAGGAUGCGGGGUACAGAUUACAAAAGUCUUGUGAAAAGAGCAAUGUUAUGAUGGUCAUGGGGGAUUUCAAGAUGCAGGUGGAUUUGGAAAAUUAGGUUGGUGUUAAUCCCAAGAGAGGAGUUUGUAGAAUGCCUACAAGAUGGCUUAUUAGAGCAGCUUGUGGUUGACCCCCACACACACAGUGCUGGAGGAACUCAGCAGGACAGAUAGCACCUGUGGAAAGUAAUAAACAGUUGAUGUUUCAGGCUGAGACCCUUCAGGGCUGGAAAGGAAGCAGUCAGAAUAAGAAGUUUGGGGGGGGGCAGGGAGUACAAGCUAGAAGAUGAUAGGUGAAGCCAGGUGUGUGAGAGAGGAGGGAUGAAGUGAGCAGCUGGGAGGUUGUAAUGUAGCUGGAAAAGGUAAAUGGCUGAAGAAGGAAUCUGACAGAGAGUGGACCAUAGGAGAAGGGACACCAUGGGGAGAUGAGAAGAGGGAAGUUAAACAGGGUAUCGGUGUGGGGAAUGGAAGGAGAGGGGGAAAAAAUUACUAGAAGUUAGAGAAAUCAACAUUGGAGCUACCCAGACAGAAUAUGAGGUGUUUUUCCAACCUGAGAGUAUCAUUGCAGUAGGCCAUGGACCAAUGAGGGUAGAUAGGUGCUAUUGACUGCACUCUAGGGUGCUGAAGAGGUUCUGCAGGCAUUAUUUGUUAUCUUUCAAGAGCCAAUAGAUGCUGGAUUGGUUCCAGAGGACUGGAAAUUAAUAAGACAAAAUACAUGAACUUAUAGGCCAGAUGGUCUGACUUUAAUGUUUGGUAAGUUGUUGGAAUCCAUUAUUAAGGAUAAGGUUUUGGGGUACUUGGUGGCACAUGAUGAAAUAGACUGAAGUCAGUAUGCUUUCCUUAAGGGGAAUUCUUGCCUGACAAAUCUGUUGGAAUUCUUUGAGGAAAUAGCAGGCAGGAUAGACAAAAGGAGAGUCAGUGGAUGUUGUUUAUUUGGAUUUUCAGGAGGCCUUUGACAAGGUGCUGCAUAUGCGUUAAGAGCCCAAGAUACUGGCCUGGCAUGAAUAAAAGAUUGGCUGACUGCAGGAGGUAAAGAAUGGGGAAAAAAGGGAGCAUUUUCUGGCUGGCUACUGAUGUCUAAUGGUCUUCUGCAGGGGCGGUGUUAGGUUCACUACUUGUCAUAUCCUAUGUUAAUGAUCUGAUUGAUGGCUUUACGGCCAAGCUGCAGAUGAUACAAAGAUAGGUGGAGGAUCAGAAAGAUUUGGACGUAUCAGGAAAGUGGGCAAAGAAGUGGUAGAUAAAAUGCAGUGUAGGGAAGUAUGUAAAGGCAUAGACUAUUUUCGAAAUGAGGAGUGAAAUCAGAAAUGGAAGGACAAGGGUUUUGGGAGUCCUAGUGCAGAAUUCCCUAAAGGCUUCUUGCAGGUUAAGUCGGUAGUGAGAAAGGCAAAUGCAAUGUUAGUAGUUUCUAGAAUAAUAAGAGCAAGGAUGGUAGUGCUGAAGCUUUAUAAAGCAUUGAUCAGAUUGUGUUUGGACUAUUGUGAGCAGUUUUGGCUCCAUAUCUAAGAAAGGAUAUGCUGACUUUGGAGGGUGCCCAGAGGAGGUUUACAAGAAUGAUCCUGGGAAUGAAACGUACAUAGUGUCUAUAAAAAGCAUUCACCCCAACCCAGAAGUUUUCAUGUUUUAUUGUUUUACAACAUUGAAUUACAGUGAAUUUAAUCUGGCUUUUUUUUUUGACAUUGAUCAACAGAAAAGGACUCUUUAGUGUCAAAGUGAAAACAGAUGUCUACAAUGUGAUCUAAAUUAAUUACAAAUAUUGAACACAAAAUGAUUGCUUAAGUAUUCACCCCUUCAAGUCAGUAUUUAGUAGAUGCAGCUUUGGCAGCAAUUACAGGCUGGAGUCUGUGUGGAUAGGUCUCUAUCAGCUUUGCACAUCUGGACACUGCAAUUUUUCCCAUUUUUCUUUACAAAACUGCUCAAACUCUGUCAGAUUACAUGGCUGUUUUCAAGUCCAGCCACAAAUUCCAAAUUGGAUUGAAGUCUGGACUCUGACUUGGCCGCUCCAAGACAUUAACUUUAUUCUUUUUAAGCCAUUCCUGUGUAGCUUUGACCUCAGGUUAAUGCUUGGGAUCAUUGUCUUCCUGGAAAACCAAAUCUUCUCCCAAGUUGCAGUUGUCUUGCAGACUGCAUUAGGUUUUUCGCCAGGAUUUCCCUGUGAUUUGCUGCUUCAUUUUACCCUCUACCUUCACAAUCAUUCCAGGGCCUGCUGCAGUGAAGCAUCCCCACAACAUGAUGCAGCCACCACGUUUCUCCUCAGAUUUCAAAAUGAAUUGGUUCAUAUUGUGAUCAUUGUUCCCUAAGGGUUCUUUAACCUGAAGCUCUCUUAUCACCUCUGGAUCAUUGCACAACACCCAAUCCUGCACAGCUGAUCCCCUAGUGGGCUCAACAACAAGCUGUUCUUAAAAAGCCAUCCCUUACACAUUCUACAAGUUCUCACUCUUGAGGUCCAUUACUGGCCUGGUUUUCCCAAUCUACUUUCAUGUUGAAAUCCCCAACAAUCAUCAUGACAUGCCUUUUCUAUCUCCUGCUGUAAUUUGUAAUCCACAUCCCAGCUGCAGUUUGGACGCCUGAAGCCUGUAUACAACUGCCAUUAGGGUGGUUUUACCCUUGCCAUUUCUCAACUCUACUCUUUCCGAUCCUAUGUCAUCCCUUUCAGAAUCAGGUUUAUUAUCACUGGCAUGUGACGUGAAAUUUGUUAACUUAGCAGCAACAGUUCAAUGCAACACAUAAUCUAGCAGGGAGAGAAAAUAAAAAUAAAAUAAAACAUAAUAAACAAGUAAAUCAAUUAUGUAUAUUGAAUAGAUUAUUUUUAAAUAUGCAAAAACAGAAAUACUAUGUAUUUUUAAAAAGUGAAGUAGUGUCCAAAGCUUCAAAGUCCAUUUUGGAAUCGGAUGGCAGAGGGGAAGAAGCUGUUCCUGAGUCGCUGAGUGUGUGCCUUCAGGCUUCUGUAUCUCCUACCUGAUGGUAACAGUGAGAAAAGGGCAUGCCCUGGGUGCUGGGGGUCCUUAAUAAUGGACACUGCCUUUCUGAGACACCGCACCCUGAAGCUGUCCUGGGUACUUUAUAGGCUAGUGCCCAAGAUGGAGCUGACUAGAUUUACAACUUCUGCAGCUUCUUUUGGUCCUGUGCAGUAGCCCCUCCAUACCAGACAGUGAUUGCAGCUUGUCAGAAUACUCUCCAUGGUACAACUACAGAAGUUUUUGAGUAUUUGUUGACAUGCCAAAUCGCUUCAAACUCCUAAUAAAGUAUAGCUGCUGUCUUGCCUUCUUUAUGACUACAACAAUGUUUAUGACCAGGUUAGAUCCUCAGAGAUCUUGACACCCAGGAAUUUGAAACUGCUCACUCUCUCCACUUCUGAUCCCUCUAUGAGGAUUGGUAUGUGUUCCUUUGUCUUACCCUUCCUGAAGUCCACAAUCAGCUCUUUCGUCUUACUGAUGUUGAAUGCCAGGUUGUUGCUGCGGCACUGUUCCUAAUGAUUUAAUAUUAUUUCUUAUACACAGAACCAUACCACCCCCUCUGCCUACUAACCUAUCUUUCCGAUACACCAUAUAUUCUUGGACAUUCAACUCCUAAUGGCAGCCAUCCUUUAGCCAAGUUUCAGAGAUGGCCAUAACAUCAUACUUGCCAAUCUCUAGAUGAAUUUCAAGAUCAUCCAUUUUAUUUCUCAUGCUGCAUGCAUUCAAAUACAACAUAUUCAGUCCAGUAUUUGUUACAAGGCCUCUUUUUGCCUUGUAACUCAUCCCACUAGCUGUGAUUAUGCCUCAUCUCCUGCCUGUCCUUUCUAUCAUCUCUGUUGAAUGCUAUCUUUGAUUUAUUUCUUUUUUCUCCUUUCCCGGCCCCAUCACUCCGGUUCCCAUUCUUCUGCCAAAUUAGUUUAAACCCUCCCUAACAGCUCUAUUAAACCUGCGCUAGGAUAUUGGACCCCUUUGGGUUCAAGUGUAACCCGUCCUUUUUGUACAGGUCGUACCUCCCCAGAAGAUGCCCCAAUGAUCCAGGAACCCGAAGCCCUGCCCCCUACACCAGUCUCUCAGCCACGCAUUAAUAUGCCUGAUAUGUCAUGCAUCAGUAGUGGGCUGAGCUCAUAGCGCCUGGGGUGUUGUACUCUGCAUGAUAGAGCUAGAAAUGUGGACUGCAAUGUCCUGUCAGGAAGUCCAAGGUCCACUUCGUUGAGAACCAACACAAACAGUUUACCCACCAGUUUCUGAGAGAUGAUUAUAUUAAAUGCCUAAAGUCGAUAAAUGGCACUAUUUUUCACGUGGGACAGGGUAGAGUGAAAUGUAAAGAGAGGCUAUGGCAUCAGUGGACCAAUUUGAGUGAUUAGAGAACUAGAAAAGGUCUAACUUCUGUAAUGAAGGAGAAAGGUAUGACUGCUGAUCAGAUGGUUUUGAGAGCUGGAGUGAGAGAACACUGUGAGGGAAAUAUCUGUUUUACUUUUGAUAGGUGCAUUGGUGUCACACCCCAUGAAGCAUGAAAAAGUGGAUUCUCCCUGCGUAAUUGCUGAAUGUUGAAUUUUUAGUUGCAUGUGGGACAUUAGGGAAACAUGGGAGGAAAAGCAGCUUCUUGGCAGAAUGCAGCUCAUCUCAAUUCAAGCUAGAAAUAUGAGUAUCCUGAAAUGAGGUACCUGCCCAUCGCUCUUCUGCCGGAGAGAUUAGCAAUGACCAAUCAAAUUAGUACUGUGCACAUUUUUGACUAAACGGAAUUGCUCCCUGAAUUUGUCAUCAAAGUUUGAGAGGUUUUUUUUUAAUGAUUCACCUCCCAUGCUGUUGUACAUGUAAACUUAAUUGGGCAAAGUUUUCACAUCAAGUGAGGUUAGCCACUGGGGGUUAACUGUACACCUGAAAGAGAAAGAUGGAAGAUUUUGUUGGUCUAGACAUUCUCUGGCAUUUAAGGUGCAUAACGUCUAGAGGUCUGUGUUCAAUCCCACAGCUGCUUCAUCUGCUUGAUACAAUAGCACAGGAGAUGGUGGCCUAGAUUCAAACCUGAGUUGGGUGUAAUCUGUAGAAUUAGCAUAUUUGGCCUACAACUGAGUGUGCAUCUCGGGUACACCAGUUUUCUUCCAUACUCCAAAAAAUUGCUGGUAGGUUUCUGGGCCAUUAAAUUAAUGCUUUUGUAGAACAGUGGCAAAUAAACUGGAGGUGUUGAUGGGCCUUUUCUGAGUUCAUUCAAUCAGCCCUAUGCAUACAGUACCUUUCACCGUCCUUUUUCAACCAGCGCCAUGUUAUUCACUGUCCUCUGUUCCAAUCAGAUUCCAUCUUGCAGCCCCUUUUACAUGCCCCCCCCAUGCAUCAAUUUUCAAACCUAUUCCCAGUUCCAAUGAAAGAUCAUUGACCUGAAACGUUAACUGUUUCUCUCCCUUAUUUCUGUCUGAUCUGAAUGUCGCAGCCCUUCUACCAGCUGGGGCAGGCAUUCUACACUGAUGAUAUGAACUGAAGUCAACUGUACAAUUCCAAAGACAGUAAAAUUGUAUGGUGCAAGAUGUCAAAUUGUUCUCCCCUCCAUUCCCCACCUCCUUUCCUGAUUGAAUUGUCAUAUUUAGGGAGAUGGCUGUGAAGUUGAUCCCUGAUGCCUUGCGUCCAAAUGGACAAGUUCAUCUGUUGCAGGAUUCUGAACCAAAUCAAUCUACACUGUUCCUUCAGUUGCUGCAUUCUAUCCACUACCCCAAGUGUGUAUGAUCAAUUGCAAGCAGCAGCUAUGCUGUGGUACAGUCAUGGCAAAUUAGUCAACCAUCAUAUCUCAUGUUCGUGGUGAGUGGGAGGUCAGAAUAUGUCACUGUGAAUACUAGAUCUGUUGCCGAGCCUGCAUUGGAUCUCCUUGUCUUCAGAUGUAGACUCACUCUGUCAAUAUUACUUUUCCAAGUUUAAAAAAAAUCACAUGCAUUCAAUUUUCACUCACUGGAAGUAAGGUGGCCUCAAUCCUGAUCAACUUAGUCCCUUUUCUUGUGAUCACAAGACCCUGUUGGGCAUUGUUAAUGUGGGAUGCUGCAAGUCCGAUAUACUGAUUUAUUGGCGAACAGCAGGGCCGGAUGGUGGGGGAGCUGGGUGGCCUUGAUUGUAGCAAGGACCCGGCCUCAAGCUGCAGUGUCGCCUGGGAGAGAGGCAUCAGAGGUGGUGUGGUGUUGCAGUCAGUGCUGCCUCCACCCUCAACACCAUCACCACCGGUGUUCACUCGGCAGAAGGCAAGCUAUUUACUUCCAUUUCCAGAAGGCAUUCAAUAAGGUGCCACAUAAAAGACUUAUCCAUAAGAUAAGGGUGCAUAGAGUUGGGGGAGGGGAGGUCAUGUAUUAGCAUGGAUAAAAGACUGGCUAACUAAUAAAAAGCAGAGGGUUGGGAUACAUGGGUGUUUCUCUGGUUGGCAAUCAGUGGUGAGCAGUGUGCUGUAGGGGUCGGUUCUGGGCCCGCAACCUGAAAUACACUUACAACCUGGAAGAGGAGACCGAGUGUACUGUAGCUAAGUUUGCUGAUGAUACUAAAUUGAGUGGAAAAGCAAAUUGUGCAGAAGAUAUGCAGAUUCUGCAGAGAGAUAUAGAUAGAUUAAAUGAUUGGGCAAGGGUCUGACAGAUGGAAUACAAUGUGAGGUCAUCCACUUUGGAAGGGAAAGAGCUGAUUAUUAUUUAAAUGAUAAAAAAAAUAGCAGCUUGCUGGUGUGCAGAGGGACUUGGGAGUGUUUGUGCAUGAAUCUCAAAUGGUUGGUUUGCAGGUGCAGCAGGCUAUCAAAUGGAAUGCUGGCCUUCAUUGCCAGAGGGAUUGAAUUUAAGAGCAGGGAGGUUAUGCUGCAAUUGUACAGGGCACUAGUGAGGCCACGCCUGGAGUACCGUGUGCAGUUCUGGUCUCCAUACUUGAGGAAGGAUAGACUGACUUAGGACGUUCACCAAGUUGAUUCCAGAGAUGAGGGGGUUAGACUAUGAGGAGAGAUUGAGUUGCCUGGGACUUUACUUGCUGGAAUUCAGAAGAAUGAGAGGAGAUCUUAUAGAAACAUAUAAAAUUAUGAAAGGGAUAGAUAAGAUAGAGGCAGGAAAGUUGUUUCCACAGGUAGGUGAGACUAGAACUAGGGGACAUAGCCUCAGUCCCCUAGUUCGGGGGAGUAGAUUUAGGAUGGAGAUGCGGAGGAACUGCUUUCCCCAGAGGGUGGUGAAUCUGUGGAAUUCUCUGCCCAAUGAAGCAGUGGAGGCUACCUCAGUAAAUAUAUUUAAGACAAGGUUGGAUAGAUUUUUGCAUAGUAGGGAAACUAAGGGUUAUGGGGGAAAGGCAGGUAGGUGGAAAUGAGUCCAUGGCCAGAUCAGCCAUGAUCUUAUUGAAUGGUGGGGCAGGCUCGACGGGCCGGAUGGCAGACUCUUGCUCCUAUUUCUUAUGUUCUUAUGUUCAAUUGUGUUCAACUGCAGACUCACUGGAAGCCAUUCAUGGACUCAAGGUCUUCGACUAUAUUUUUUUUGUGUGACUGCAUUUUACUGAUACGGUACGUAUUUGCCAUCUUGUAUGUACCUUGUGCUGUGUGUGACUGUUGGUACUGCAUUUUGCACCUUGGCCCCGGAGUAACUUUGUUUCAUUUGGCUGUAUUUAUGCAUAUUCAUGUAUGGUUGCAUGACAAUUAAACUUGAACAUAAUCCUGAGCAACUGCCUAAGAAGUUCUAAGAUCAAAUUGGAAGAAUUAUAAUUAAUACUUUAGUUGGAUAUGGUGAUUGAGUAUAUGGAUGAUAGAAAGAGAGGAGCUCUGUACAGGUGUUGCAUCCUGUGGGUUUGUGGCAAAUUGUCGUAAGGAGAGGUAUGGGUGCCAGUGGAUAUGGAAACUUAGACCAAACACGAGGAAGCACCUCAGGACAAGAGAGAGGUGAGAGGAGUCUGGGUUGAGGAAAUGUCUCUUUGGAAUAUGGUGCAGGAGUGGAAGAUGAUCUGAGUGAAGAUCCCUGUUCUGAGUGAAGGAAAAAGUAGGAAUGCCCUGGUAACGACAUGGAGAGGAAGCUGUGAUUAAGGAAUAAAAAUAAUUUCAAAGCACUGAUGUGGAAGGUGAUGCCAUCCCAAUUCCUGUGAUGGGAAUACUGACAAACUGAAAUGGAUGAAGCGCAAUGCGAGAGCCUAUUUGCUCAAUAAUAACACUUAGAGCCGGAUAUUAGUGAGGUGUAGCUUUUUGAAAUGUAUCCAGGGCUUGUACACUCGGUGGCCAUUGUGUGUAUGUUCGUGGUCGUCUGCUGCUGUAGCCCAUCCACUUCAAGGUUCGAGACGCUCUUCUGCACACCACUGUCGUAAUACGUGGUUAUUUUGAGUUAUUGUCACCUAACUGUCAGUUUGAACCAGAUUGGCCAUUUUCCUCACGCCUCUCUCUUUAAUGAGGUGAUUUCACCUACAAAUCUGCCACUCACUGGAUGUUUUUAGUUUUUUUGCACCAUUCUUGUAAACUCUAGGAACUGUGUGAAAUUCCCAAAAGAUCAGCAGUUUCUGAGAUAAUCAAACCACCCUGUUUGGCACCCACGGUCAAAGUCACUUUCAAAAGUGGCCAUUGAGUGUAUCUCUCCAUGUUCUUUGCCUUCUGCCUAGGCUUUGAAACCCCCAGCUUAAAGAUAUCUAACCACUUUACCCUCCAAUGUAACAAAUCGGUAUCCUGUACUCCAAUCCUGUCAUACAGAAAACUUUUGCAGAACCAGGAUAAACAGAAAUAUGGAGAACCUAAAAUUUUGAAGGCUUGGUAUUUGUCAAUGACUUUAUUUGAAGCACAAAUACAGGAGGAGAAAAGUAGUUGCCAUAACAACGGGACGCAGAACAUGAUAGAUUUUGUGCUUAUUAUAGCUACUUGGAGAAAAAAUGUGGAGAAACAUCUCUGCCUGAGUAGUAGCUGAUAUGCUCUUCAUUUUCAUUAUUCUUGUUCUCAGGAGUAGUUUGUACUGGGUUCAUUAUUAGGUGCAUUAUCUUCUAUCUGGUGGCUUUAGCAGCCUCUUGUGAAUAAAGAAAUAACACCUUUUCCUGCAGAGUACUUUAUUUAAUUAAUUCUUGGUUUAUGCAGAUUGUUAGCAAGGCCAGCAUGCAUUGCCCAUCUCCAGACAGUGGUGAGCAAUCGUCUUAAACUGCUUCAGUCUCGUUAGGUGAUUAGGGGUGGUGAACUUUGAAUAUUAUGAAGGACUUGUUAAUUAUGUCGAUAUCAAGUUAGUGAGAGUUGAAGACGAUGGGAUUCUUAUGCAUCUGCUUAUUUCUUCUUGGUAGAUAAUUGAAGGUUUUGAGGUUGCAAAAAAAUUCAUGCAGUUAACUGGCAGACUUGGUGCCUCAGGAGUGGUGGAACCAUCAAAUUUUAGUUUUAGCAAUUCUGCACAACUGAAGCAUCAACACAUGAUGAUCCAAGUCUCCAUCUCUGGUUCAGAUGAUCAAGGCGAUAGUCUGACCAGUCCCUAAUGCUAUUUGUUCUUAAUGAAGCUAUGAAUUAAUGUAUAGACUAUGUUAUUGUUGCCAUCACUGGGGCAUGGUUGAAAGGCAAGCAGGACAGGCAACUCUAUCCCACGGUAUAUAAUUUUCAGUUGAAAGGGGGCUGUCAAUGAAAUGAUGGCACUGAACUGUAGACAAGGACUGUAUUUCUUCAGUUCUGAGGGAGGAUAUCUAAUAAAGUUCCUCAAGUGAGUGUUUGUGGUUAGAGAUUAGGAACAAAAAGGAUGCCAUCACCUUUGGGCUAUAUUGCAGAUCACCUAACAGCCAACAAGAGAUAGAGGCACAGAUAUUUAGGCAAAUAGCUAAGUUGUGGUUCUAGAGGAUUUCAAUUUGCCCAAGUAUGAACUGGGAUUGCCUUAGAAUAAAAGGUUCAAAGGAGAAAAAAUCUGAGGAGUUUCCAGGAGAGCUUUUUGAUGUCGGGUGUAGAUCCGUAGGUGAAUAGGAGAAGUAGCAACUUUGGACUUUGGGGAAUGUAGCUAGUCUGGUCACUGAGGACGCAUUCUGGAGGCAUUUAAAGAAAUGGAAGAACGGACAGGACCUGGGAUACUGGCAGCACCUAUUUCAUUGGGGAAACAUGUAAUGGACAAAUAGAAAGAGUUUAGGCUAACGUGUCCCUGUAAGGGUAAAAGCCAACACGAACAAGUAUGAGGGUCCUUGUGUGUGGAGUGCCACUGAGGGUUGUGAUAAAAAGAAGAACGGAAGGAUAUAGCAGGUAUAAAGAACUUAAAGGUGGGGAGGGCCACCAGGAGUAUAAAAAAGUGUAGGGUGAUAUUUUUUUUUAAAAAAGACAUUAGGAAGGCAAGGACGGGUCAUGGAAAAACAAACAUGACGAUUAAGAAAAUGGCAUCCGUUAGUCUUGCGAGACCAUGGAUCUGCGCCUGGAAAGUCUUCACUCUCCAGGGCACAGGCCUGGGCAAGGUUGUAUGAAAGACCAGCAGUUGCCCAUGCUGCAAGUCUCCCCUCUCCACGACACCAAUGUUGUCCAAGGGAAGGGUAAGGGCCGAUAUGGCUUGGCACCAGUGUCGUCACAGAGCACUGUGUGAUUAAGUGCCUUGCUCAAGGGCACAACACGUUCCCUCUGCUGGGACUCGAACUCACGAACUCAAGAAAAUGGAAGGCACUAUAAAUAUAUUACAAUUUUAAAAAUAGGUAAAGAGUAGGAACCAUCUGGGAGUAGUCAAUUUGUGUGAAGCAGGAGAUAUAACUGAGAUCUUAAAUGAACACUUUUCAUCAGUAGUCGCAAAUUAAAUGGAACUCAGCAAAGGGGAAGGUAAAAUUCUAGUAGAAGUUAACAUAAAGUGGAGGUGCUCAAUGCCUCAUUGGGCUUAGAUGGAUAAAUCACCAGGGCUGGUUGAGAUUUAGUCCGGGCUGGUAUAGGAGGCAAAGGAGGAGAUUGUUAUCAUUUUUAAAUCUUUGUGGACCACAAGAGUGAUACUAGAUGACUGAAGGGUGGCAAAUGUCUCCCUUUCCAAGAAGAGCAGCAGGGAAAGUCCUGGCAGACCCGUGAGCCUAGCUUCAUUGAUCGGAAAGUUAUUGGGGAAAAAAAUCUGAGGGAUAAGAUUAAUAAUCACUUGAAAAGAUAGGGAUUGAUCAGAGGUGGACAGAAGACCUUAUCAAAGGUACGGCAGCAUCUAUGGAAAAGAGUAAACAGUCGACGUUUCAGGCCGAGACCCUUCAUCUGCUUAUUUCUUGAAAAGGUAGAAAUGUGUAUUGAUGAGGGUAGUGCAGUAGAUGUGGUUUGAGUGGACUUCUGUAAGGUCUUUGACAAGGUCUCAAAUGUAAGAAUGGUGCAAAGGAAUAUGGUCCAUGGAAUCCAGGGCAAGUUGGCAAAUUGAAUCCAAAAACUGGGUUUGCAGUUGGAGACAAGGUGAUGUUGGAGGGCUGUAUCUGUAAAUGGAUGCUUGUGACUUGUAGUGUCCCUCUGGGAUUGAUGCUCAGAGCAAUGCCGUUUGUAAUAUGCAUACAUGAUUUGCAUGUUGAUCGAGGAGGCAUGAUCAAUCAGUUAGCAGAUGACUCUAAGAUUCUAAGUGUGGAGGGUAGUCUUGGGCUACAUUGUGAUAUUGAUGGGCUGAGAAAUGGAAGAUGGAGUUUAGUCCUGGAAAUUAUGAGGUGAAGUCUUGAGGAGCAGUGGGAAUUUUGCAUGCAAGCCCAAAGGUUCAUGAAGAUGGCAGAAUGGAUAGAUAACAUGGUUAACAAGUUGACAUACUGACCUUCGUUAGUUGGGGCUUUGAAUACAAGUGCAGAGAUGUUCUGCUCCAAUGAUACAAAACACUGACAAGGCAUUGAAGUACUGUGGGCAUUUCUGAUCACUACACUAUAGCAAGGAUGUAUGGUGAUGAUGGAGAAGAUACAGAGGAGAGUCACCAAGCUGUUGCCUGGAAUGGGUCAUUUCAGAUAUGAGAAUAGAUUGGGGAGGCUAGGUCUGUUUUCCUAGGAGUGGAAGAGGUUACAAGAGAUGUGAUUGAGGGGUAUAGAGAGGGUAGACUGCAUGAAACUUUCCCCUUAUCAGAGGUGAAUAAAACUAGGAGACAGAGACAGGGUAAAAGAUACAGAAGGGAUCUGGGUGUUGGGGGUGAGGAUCCUUUCUCACCCAGAGAGUGAUGAGUACCUGUAAAACUCUACUAGAGAGAGUAGUGAGAGCAAAGCUGCUGAUUGUUUAGAAGAGCACUUUAAUCAUAUGGACAGAGAAGGCUACAAGCCAAAUGCUAGAAGAUUGUGCCUACUGGUCAGUGUGAACUGAAUAACUUCUUUCCCUGAUGUGUGAUUCUGACUGGGGAAUGUCUCAGUUUUAGAGAAAGUAGAGAUAAUCCCUCCCAAUCCUGUAUCACUCUUCUGUUCAUUUUACCAGCCACGUGGAUUUUAAGUAAAGAUGGACUUGAAAUCCUCCAUCUGAUGACUUUCCUGCAAUGUAAUUAAACAAUAGACAGAAGUAUAGGAGGUCAGCCAAUGCCUACUGUCUGGGUCAGCAUUGAAGACAAAUCCAAAAACACUUUUGAGUAGAUAUGAUUUAGAUGCUCUGACGCAUUUCUCACUGACCCGUAUCUUUGCCCAGCCUAGAAACCAUAUCAUUAACAUAGUAGUUCUUGACUUCUAACAAAGGUGGAUUACAGUGUAGUGUAUGGUCAUGCACUUUGGUAGAAGCAAUAAUGCAUGCAUUACUAAAUGACAAUAAAAGAGGACUGCGUGUCCUCAUUAAUCUAAUCUAAAGGCAUAUGAACUAUUUCUAAACGGGGAGCAAAUUCAUUAAUCAGGUGCAAAGCGACUUGGGAAUCCUUGUUUAGGAUUCUUUAAAGUUAACUUGUGGGUUGAGUUGGUAGUAAGGAAGGCAAAUACAAUGUUAGCAUUUAUUUCAAGAGGACUAAGGUGUAAAAGCAAGGAUGUAAUGCUGAGGCUUUAUAAAGCAUUGGCCAGACUGCACUUGGAAUACGUUGAGUGGUUUUGGCCCCUUAUCUAAGAAAGGAUGUGCUGGCAUUGGAGAGGGUCCAGAGGAAGUUUACAAGGAUGAUUUCAGGAAUGAAAGGUCUGAUGUAUGAGAAACGUUUGAUGGCUCUGGAGUUUAGAAGAAUGAGGGGGAGGGGAGGGGAAGGGGGACGUCGACUUAGACCAUGAGAGGUCUGUGUUGAGCAUUUUCAUGCCUUACAAGGCGCAGAUUGGAAGUCUGUGUGGGGCGCCACUCCUCGCACAGACUAGAGUGAUGUGUGGUUAAGUGCCUUGCUCAAGGACACAAACACGCUGCCACAGCUGAGGCUCGAACUAGUGACCUUCAAAUCACUAGACGAAUGCCUUAACCACUUGGCCACAUGCCCAACACAAUGAGGGCAAUGAGGGGGAAAUAUCACUAAAAUGUAUCGAAUAUUGGAAGGGCUAGUUAGGGUGGACAUGGAGAGAAUGUUUCCUGUAGUGAAGGAGUCCAGGACCAGAGGGAAGUCUCAGAAUACAAGGACGUCCCUUUAGAAUGGAGAUGAGGAGGAGUUUCUUUAGCCAGAGGAUGGUGAAUUUGUGGAAUUCAUUGCCACAGACAGCUGUGGAAGCUAAGUUAUUGGGUAUAUUUAAAGCAGAGAUUGAUUAGUAAGGUUGUCGAAGGGGAGAAGGCAGGAGAAUGGGAUUGAGAAUUAUAAUAAAUCAGCAUUUGUCUCUCUCUGCCUCUCCCACACACAAACCCCUGUCUGAGAUGCUGAAGUGUUGGGAUGGACAGUAGUUUUUGAUGGACUCUAGAUCAUGGUUUGUUUGGGUUCUUUGCUAUUGUUUGUA